AAUAUGCGAUUGUUGUUGCUAUUGUGUUAUUUGAAGUAUCAAAGAAUUUUUUUUUCUUCAAUAUUUGUUCUUUUGAAUAAAUUCUAAAAAUGUCUGGUCAAGUAGCAUUAAAAACAUGGGAACUUUCUAAUCAAAUUGAAACAAUCAAUGGUAUUGAUGAAAUUUAUAAAUAUAAUCGUGAACAACAACAAGAUAUAUUGUCAGCUAAACCAUGGGAUAAAGAUCCACAUUAUUUUAAAGAUAUUAAAAUAUCAGCAUUAGCAUUGUUGAAAAUGGUUAUGCAUGCACGUUCAGGUGGUUCAAUCGAAGUAAUGGGACUUAUGUUAGGAAAAGUCGAUGCCAAUACAUUGAUUGUAAUGGAUGCAUUUGCAUUGCCUGUCGAAGGAACUGAAACUCGUGUAAAUGCACAAGCACAAGCUUAUGAAUAUAUGGCUGAAUAUACUGAAUCAGCUAAACAGGUUGGUCGUCUUGAAAAUGUUAUCGGUUGGUAUCAUUCACAUCCUGGUUAUGGUUGUUGGCUUAGCGGUAUCGAUGUUUCCACACAAAUGUUAAAUCAACAAUUUCAGGAACCAUUUGUUGCCAUUGUUAUUGAUCCGAUUCGUACAAUGUCAGCGGGUAAAGUUUGUUUGGGUGCAUUUCGUACCUAUCCAAAAGGUUAUAAACCACCGGAUGAAGGUCCAGAAGAAUAUCAAUCAAUACCAUUGAAUAAGAUUGAAGAUUUUGGUGUUCAUUGUAAACAUUAUUAUUCAUUAGAAGUAUCAUAUUUUAAAUCAUCAUUAGAUAAUCGUAUUCUUGAUUCAUUAUGGAAUAAAUAUUGGGUCAAUACAUUGAGUUCAUCAUCAUUGAUCACCAGUCAUGAUUAUCAUAUACGACAGAUACAAGAUUUGGCCGAAAAACUGGAAAAUACCCAGCAAAUUCGUGGCCGAUUUCCAAUACAAAUUGUUCAAACUGAUACACAUGAUUCGAAUGGUAGUAGUAUUACUGGAUCAUCUAGUACGGGUCGCCGAUCAGAAGAUCGUCUUACCAAAGCGGAAAAAGAUGCUUCGAAAACAACUAUCGAAGUUAUUCAUGGAUUAAUGUCACAAACAAUGAAAGUAAUGUUAUUUAAUCGUAUCAAUAAUGUUAUGAAUAAAUAAACUGUAAUUUUUUUUAAUUAAAAAUUUUUUACAAAAAUAAAUAAAAA